GCUGAAGCAGCCUCCAGACCUGCCGUCAUGGGUAUUUGAGGACCUAAAUGUUGCUGUCAGCCUAUGACAUGAAUGUGCCCCUAAGGCUAGAUUCUGGGUUUCUCCAGAGAGACGAGAAACAGGAGGGAAAAGGAAGGAAGGGAGGGAGGAGGCUAGGGAGGAGGGACAGCUUCUAGUCCAGCUGGAGAGAUCUGUCAACCCAGCCUGGGGGGUGGAGCUGGAGGGAUCAAGCAGAAUGUCCUGAAGGCAGCUGCCCUCAGUCUACUUGCGGGAGAGGACAGGAGGGAGAGGUGCUGUGGUGAGACUGACCCACGGGCCCACGGGUGGAUGAUUGCAAAUGUCCUGUGGCAGGUGUGGGAGAAGCAGGGCUGCAGCCAGCUGCCCUGAGAGGCUUCAAAUUCAGGCCAGAUCUGCUCUGGGCAAAAGGAAGCUGUGGGUUUGGGAGCUUCAGAGACAGGGGAGCAGGCCUGUCACUCACCCUCUUUUCCUUAAAGGCUGUCACCCCCAGCAGUGCACCCUGCAGCCUGCCUAUCCCCUGUGCAGCUCCAGCUCCGUCUGUCCCCAGCAAUGCACCCCACGCCCAUGUCCCCCACUCCCUAUGAUGCUCUCGCGCCUUCUGGAGCAGCAGUGGUACCAGCUGGAGGCUGUGGGAAAAUUGAGAGGAGACAAAAGUGGGAACAGCAGGCCAUGGAGAGAGUGUCUAAACACAGGGACUAUUUGGAGAUUAUCUUAUUUUUGGUUUGAAAUGGGCCCACCUGCUAGUAUUGUACAAACGGCUCUGCUCGCUGGGCCAGGCCUGCAGUGGCUACGGGCCUAUCCUUCACUGGUCAGCCUGGAGCAGCUCCUCGGACCUCAGUCUGCUCAUCCGUGGGUAGAGGCGGCGCAGACCCCAUCCCACUGGGGACUGGGCCAGACAGCCUGUGAGGCAGUCAGCUGGUGCCUGGCCAGAGGGUGUCUGAAAGGCCUCUUGGCUGCAGGGUGCAUCUGCUUUUGGGACAGCUCUUCAGAGCCAUCUCAGAAGGGACAGCAUCCGCCUGUCUACUUCAACUCCCACUGAUGACGUCCAUGUGUCAUUAGUGCCAAUUAGAGGAGGGCAGCAGGCUGAGUGCUUGGCCUGGGGCGCAAGCUUGUGGGAGGGAAAAUUGGAUUCCCCGCUAGACAAAUGUGAUUACCCGUGCUGCCUGGACCCACCCCAUUCAGGACCAGGGCAUAAAUGGCCAGGUGGGACCAGAGAGCUCACCCCAGCCAUGCCCGCCCUCAGUCGCUGGGCCAGCCUGCCCGGCCCCAGCGUGCGGGAGGCAGCCUUCAUGUACAGCACAGCAGUGGCCGUCUUCCUGGUCAUCCUGGUGGCCGCACUGCAGGGCUCGGCUCCCCGUGAGAGCCCCCUCCCCUAUCACAUCCCCCUGGACCCAGAGGGGUCCCUGGAGCUCUCAUGGAAUGUCAGCUACACCCAGGAGGCCAUCCAUUUCCAGCUCCUGGUGCGGAGGCUCAAGGCUGGCGUCCUGUUUGGGAUGUCCGACCGUGGCGAGCUUGAGAACGCAGACCUCGUGGUGCUCUGGACCGAUGGGGACACUGCCUAUUUUGCGGACGCGUGGAGUGACCAGAAGGGGCAGAUCCACCUGGAUCCCCAGCAGGACUACCAGCUGCUGCAGGUGCAGAGGACCCCAGAAGGCCUGACCCUGCUUUUCAAGAGGCCCUUUGGCACCUGCGACCCCAAGGAUUACCUCAUUGAGGACGGCACUGUCCACUUGGUCUACGGGAUCCUGGAGGAGCCGUUCCGGUCACUGGAGGCCAUCAACGGCUCGGGCCUGCAGACGGGGCUGCAGAGGGUGCAGCUCCUGAAGCCCAAUAUCCCCGAACCGGAGUUGCCCUCGGACGCGUGCACCAUGGAGGUCCAAGCUCCCAAUAUCCAGAUCCCCAGCCAGGAGACCACGUACUGGUGCUACAUUAAGGAGCUUCCAAAGGGCUUCUCUCGGCACCACAUUAUCAAGUACGAGCCCAUCGUCACCAAGGGCAAUGAGGCCCUCGUCCACCACAUGGAAGUCUUCCAGUGCGCCCCCGAGCUGGACAGCGUCCCCCACUUCAGCGGGCCCUGCGACUCCAAGAUGAAACCCGACCGCCUCAACUACUGCCGCCACGUGCUGGCCGCCUGGGCCCUGGGCGCCAAGGCAUUUUACUACCCAGAGGAAGCCGGCCUUGCCUUCGGGGGUCCAGGGUCCUCCAGAUAUCUCCGCCUGGAAGUUCACUACCACAACCCACUGGUGAUAGAAGGACGAAACGACUCCUCAGGCAUCCGCUUGUACUACACAGCCAAGCUGCGGCGCUUCAACGCGGGGAUCAUGGAGCUGGGACUGGUGUACACGCCAGUGAUGGCCAUUCCACCACGGGAGACCGCCUUCAUCCUCACUGGCUACUGCACGGACAAGUGCACCCAGCUGGCACUGCCUCCCUCCGGGAUCCACAUCUUCGCCUCUCAGCUCCACACACACCUGACUGGGAGAAAGGUGGUCACAGUGCUGGUCCGGGACGGCCGGGAGUGGGAGAUCGUGAACCAGGACAAUCACUACAGCCCUCACUUCCAGGAGAUCCGCAUGUUGAAGAAGGUCGUGUCGGUCCAUCCGGGAGAUGUGCUCAUCACCUCCUGCACGUACAACACGGAAGACCGGGAGCUGGCCACAGUGGGGGGCUUUGGGAUCCUGGAGGAGAUGUGUGUCAACUACGUGCACUACUACCCCCAGACGCAGCUGGAGCUCUGCAAGAGCGCUGUGGACGCCGGCUUCCUGCAGAAGUACUUCCACCUCAUCAACAGGUUCAACAACGAGGACGUCUGCACCUGCCCUCAGGCGUCCGUGUCUCAGCAGUUCACCUCUGUUCCCUGGAACUCCUUCAACCGCGAUGUACUGAAGGCCCUGUACAGCUUCGCGCCCAUCUCCAUGCACUGCAACAAGUCCUCAGCCGUCCGCUUCCAGGGUGAAUGGAACCUGCAGCCCCUGCCCAAGGUCAUCUCCACACUGGAAGAGCCCACCCCACAGUGCCCCACCAGCCAGGGCCAAAGCCCUGCUGGCCCCACCGUUGUCAGCAUUGGUGGGGGCAAAGGCUGAGGGAGGACCUACUCCUCCAUGCUGUCCCCGUGGGCUCACACCGGCACUGUGCACUCUACUCUGCGACGAUCCCCAUGGAACAGCCCUGCACGCCCAGGAUGAAGGGGCCAGACCACGCCCCUGCCUGAGACCAUGGUCCAAUCCAGCCUUCUUCCCCCAGGGUCCCCUGCAUGGCUGAGAGGGUGUGGGUGCCCUGUUGACCUACCCUGGACCGAGUGGACCGCGACCUCGUCCAUUUAAACCCGGCUGACUCAGUGCAGGGACAGCCUGCACAGUGGUCCAGGGUCCAGCCCUCCGCCAGCCCUGUUCCACCUCACUGGGUGUGGCCAGGCUCCUGGGACAGGCACCAUGCUGGGCCGGGGUGUGGAAUCACCGGGAACGCCCCCGCCCCUCGCCCCGCCGCUCCCGGUGUGCAGCGGGUGCCGCUUAAACAUUUCCCUGCUGAGUGGCUCGUGUUUCACAGUGGGCGGCUUCCCUGCGACGGAGGCAGGACCAGGCAUUUAGCUAGUUAGAGACUCGCCUGGGAAAUUGCUCCAUUCCUGGGUAAACAGAUAUUUUCGCCCACCUAAAGGGAAGCCCUGACAACAACUAUCACCCAAAGACGAGGCGGCAAAGAUCCAGCGGGGCUUCUGGGCACCGGUUCCACGUGGGGUGGAAUUAUUAGCACCAGCUUGCUUCUCUGCCGGUGGGGCCAGCGCUGAACAGACCGGGGUGGAGUCGGGGCUGUGCUUUCUGCGUGGUUCUGCCACUUAGGGAGUGUGCCUUGGGCGGGCCAUUUCACAUUCCUGACCCUCACUUUUCUCAUCUGUAAAACUGGGCUGAUGCUGUGCGGGCUGAUGAGCCAAUAAAGCUCACACUUGGGCUGGCA